AUGGCCAAGUGGGGUGAAGGUGACCCGCGCUGGAUCGUCGAGGAACGCCCCGACGCCAAGAAUCCAGGAAACUGGCAUUGGUCCGAGAAGGAUGCCACAGCCUGGUCCAAAAACCGACUCAAAGAACUUCUCUCCGACCUCCUCGUCGAAUCUGAUGCUGGCUCAGCUCGUACUACCGAAGUCACUGUCACUGGCGAAGCGACUGCCAACAACCGCAAGGCCAAGCUCAUCUUCUUCUACGAGCUGGUCAUUGAUAUCAAGUGGCGUGGCAAAACGGCCGAUGGCCAGGCUUGCUCUGGCAAGAUCAAGGUGCCCAACCUCUCGGAGGAAUAUGAUAUCGAUGAAGUCGACACCGAGGUUACCAUGACGAGCGAUUCCAACAAGGCCUCAGAUGCUGUCAAGAGCCUCUUGCGCGAACGUAUGCCGGCGAUUGUGGUGGAACAACUGCACAAGUGGUACCGCGAGCUGACUCAAGAGUACAGCACCAACCUCGUCCUGCCCACCAAGCAAGCUACUGCCGCCGCCGCCACGAGUGUUUCGGCCCCCACCACCAGCAAGGACGCUGGCGCUGGCGACACUUCCAAGCCCAAUACUGGCGUGAAGAUUCACUCACAGAAGACCAACGGCGCUGGGAAUCUUAGCUGCAAGUCGUUUUCCAUUCGUGACACCAUCCCCCUCCCGGCGCAGCUCAUUUUUGAAACCCUCAUGAACGAAGACCGGGUUUCCGCCUACACCCAGUCACAAUGUAAGGUAGACAGCCGAAUUGGCGGUUCUUUCACCAUGUUCAACGGUUCGGUCAAAGGCGUUAUCAAGGAUCUGGUGCCCUACCGCCGCGUGCAUCAGGCCUGGCGCUUCGAGUCCUGGCCUGAAGGUCAUUACUCGGACGUUGUCAUUGACUUGUCCGAGGCCGAGGGCAAGACUUCCUUGUCCAUUCAGCAUAGCGAGGUUCCGGAAAGUGACAUUGAGCGCACCCAAGAUGGCUGGCGCCGUCUGCAACUCGAACCUCUGAAGGCCAUGCUAGGCGUGGGUGGCAUGCCCUUUAUGUAAAAAUGAUAGGCAUGCCUCCAAGUAGCAGGAAGACGCUGGCAACAGCUCCCGUGGCUGAUUCGAGUUGCUAGCUGAUUCAACCCCUUUCCUCCCUCCUCAUCCAAAACCCCCAAAAAAAAUUCUCCGAGAGACUUUUUUUUUCUGCUUCCUGUGAUUGAUUCUUUGCAUCUUUCCUGCCCUCUGUUGUGUUACUGCUCGCUCCUCUUGACAUGAAUUCAAAAUUGUACUAACCAUUAAGUCUUUUUUAAGUGUGUGCGUGCGGGGUUGGUGUUUACACGGAACUGUAAACUUCUGUGGUCGAUUCGGGCUGCCGUAGCAGCCGACGAGAAAUGAACAACAAAGC